AUGAAUAAUAUGACGAUGAUCGAUUCUUUGAUUUUGAUUGUAAGUUUUUUUAUCAACGUCAUCUCUGCGCAGUAUCCAUGUUCAUGUUCAUGUUGUCUUGGUCAGAACUGUCAAGUGGCUUCAAUUGGAAAUGUUUACGCUCCGUAUUGUACAGCUGACAGUUGUCGUUCAACAUGUCGUAGUCAAUAUUCUCUAUGUUCAGCAGAUUAUCCCUACGGACUAUCAAGCGGACAAUGUUUAAGCGCGGUAAUUGCGACUCCAGUAAAUGGAUCCUAUUCCUGCCGGUGCGAUUGCUGUAACACAGGAAGCCCAACAUGUUCAACGUUGCUUGUUGGGUAUACGUCGGCUUAUUCAUGUUCAAGUGGGUCAUGUAGUGUAGCAUGCGCUUCAACCUAUCCACUUAUAUGUAUUUCAAAUCAGUAUGGACAAACAAUAGGUACAUGUCUGGGAUUAGCCACAGCAUCGACAACUACAACCACAAUAGGACCCUAUCUCGGCAAUCCCUGUUCGUGUUAUUGCUGUAAUUCGACUACAACUUGUUCACCGUAUAUCUAUGUAGGAAAUACGUCAGCUACCCUUUGUUCUACCUAUGCCUGUACAUAUGCUUGUCAAAUCCGAUAUCCAUCAAUAUGCCCAUUAUUGACAGCCGUUGGACAAACAUUAGGACAAUGUACGACUUACACGAGUGGCGCGACAGUGUGUCACUGCAAAUGUUAUGGAAGUGUGUCUUCUAUCGAUUAUGAUCUUUACACCAGUGGCGAUUGUGUAACAUGUUCAGGAAUUUGUUCGCAAUAUACAAAGUGUGUUAAUAGUUAUCAAGUGACAUAUACGUGUAAUUCUAGUUCAAAAUCUCAGAGACGAUUCUUUAUUUAUUCAUUGAUAUUUUCAUCCAUUUUGAAACUUCUAUUUUACAAGUAG